AUGGGAGGGAGGGAGCUGGACCUGCACCUGCUGUACCGUGAAGUCACAGGCCGAGGGGGCUUGAUGCAGGUGAGGAGGGGUGGGGAUGGGGUGGAAUUGGUGAGGAGUGGUGCAGGUGUUAUUUAUCGAGAUGGGAGGGAGCGAGUUGGACCUGCUUCCCACUUCACCCUCCCUUUCCCCCCUCUUCACUUUUUACAGGUCCCCUUGUGCCCCCUCCUCGUGAGUGCUUUCGUCCCCUGGCUUCUCAUCGGAUCGCUAUCCUCUUCGCCUCCCUCUCCCCCAUCUGCUCAUCUACUCCAACAUCUCUGCUCGCCCUGUGUGUGUGUGCAGCUCUCACCCACUUCCCUCGCAAGCGCGGGGCACGCAGGAUGCAAGGCUUUGAAGCGCCUCCCCGUAAGUAACCCCCCUUUUUUUACAUGCGCCAAAAGACAAGGCAUGUGUCCUCGCCUCGAUAAUACCUUCCCACAGGAACCCUUCCCCUCGUCAGCACUUCUCCUCGUCAGCACUUCUCCUCGUCAGCACUUCUCCUCGUCAGCACUUCUCCUCGUCAGCACUUCUCCUCGUCAGCACUUCUCCUCGUCAGCACUUCUCCUCGUCAGCACUUCUCCUCGUCAGCACUUCUCCUCGUCAGCACUUCUCCUCGUCAGCACUGCUCCUCGUCAGCACUUCUCCUCAUCAGCACUUCUCCUCAUCAGCACUUCUCCUCAUCAGCACUUCCCCUCGUCAGCACCUUUUCAUGUUAGUAACCCUUCACAGCAUCAUUCGCUCCACUCUUUCCCCGGAUUUGCCAUUUCUCCCCGCAUUGCCUUGCCUCCCUUGUCCGCCUCGCCAGCGCCCCAGCUGGCGAACAUAGGGCGCAACAUCUCAGGCAUCAUCCGCUCCAAGUGUGACAACGGCUACUUCAUCACCGUGCCCAUGGGCGACCAGGUGCUGCACGGUAUUCUCUACCAUCCACCCUCCACCACCUCCUCCUCCCCGUUCGCCCCGCCCCAGCCCGUCUCCUUCCUCCUCAACGCCUUCUCCCUCGACUCAGCCCUCAUCCGCUCCCAAACCCACGGCCGGCGGCGGCGGCGGAAGAGGCGGAGACGGGCCGAACUCCUAGCCGCAGCAGCGGGGGGAGUGGCGGGGGUGGUGGUGCCACCGAAGCAGAACCGCACGGGGUAUAACUUCUUCUUUGGGGAGCAGCGGAUGAAGCUCAAGGCUCACAUGCCUGAUGUGCCUGACCGUGAGAUCAGCCGGCUUAUCGGCCAGCGAUGGAUGGCGCUCUCCCCUCAAGACCGCAUUGUGACGGGGGGAGUGGCGGGGGUGGUGGUGCCACCGAAGCAGAACCGCACGGGGUAUAACUUCUUCUUUGGCGAGCAGCGGAUGAAGCUCAAGGCUCACAUGCCUGACGUGCCGGAUCGUGAGAUUGGCCAGCGGUGGAUGGCCCUUUCUCCUCAAGACCGCAUUCGGAUGAAGCUCAAGGCUCACAUGCCUGACGUGCCGGAUCGUGAGAUCAGCCGCCUCAUUGGCCAGCGGUGGAUGGCCCUUUCUCCUCAAGACCGCAUUCGGAUGAAGCUCAAGGCUCACAUGCCUGACGUGCCGGAUCGUGAGAUCAGCCGCCUCAUUGGCCAGCGGUGGAUGGCCCUUUCUCCUCAAGACCGCAUUCUGGUGCAGCUGCCCCUCGUUGAGAGGGGCCCACGGCCCUUGCAGGCUGAGCUCGUCCGCCUCCAGGGCCUCAUUGGUCUUGGUGCGGAGGGCGUUUGCCUGCGCCCUCUGGAGGCACACGCUCCAGCGCUGGCGGUACUCCGUCAGCAGCUUGGCAGCCUCUCGAGAGGUAGGGGCCGUUUUUUUGGGGAGCAGAGGAUGAAGUUCAAGGCUGACAUGCCUGACGUGCCGGAUCGUGAGAUCAGCCGGCUGAUCGGCCAGCGGUGGAUGGCCCUUUCUCCUCAAGACCGCAUUCCGUACCAGGAGCAAGCGGAGCGGGACAGGAAGCAGCAUGUGGCAGAAAUGAUGGAAUACAACGAGGAGAUGUAUUCGGCACCACCCUUACCCCACGUGUA